CCGGUCCGCCGGGGCGCCCCCCGCGCCAUGGCCACCGAGGUGCACAGCCUGCAGGAGCUGAGGCGCAGUGCAUCUCUGGCCACCAAGGUCUUCGUGCAGCGGGAUUACAGCGACGGCACCACGUGCCAGUUCCAGACCAAGUUCCCCCCCGAGCUGGAGAGCAGGAUCGAGCGCCAGCUCUUUGAGGAAACGGUGAAAACACUUAACAGCUUCUACGAAGAGGCGGAGAAGAUCGGGGGCAGCUCAUACCUGGAGGGGUGCCUGGCCUGUGCUACCGCCUAUUUCAUCUUUCUCUGCAUGGAGACGCACUAUGAGAAGGUCCUGAAGAAGAUCUCCAAGUACAUCCAGGAGCAGAACGAGAAGAUCUACGCGCCGCGGGGACUGCUGCUCACUGACCCCCUGGAGCGUGGCAUGAGGGUUAUCGAGAUCUCCAUCUACGAGGACCGGUGCAGCAGUGGCAGCUCCAGCAGCAGCAGCUCCAGCAGCAGCAGUGGUGGUGGGGGAGGCGGCGCAGGCAGCCGGUGACUGGCAGGGAGUCCCCGCGGGGACUCGUACUGCCGGGACAGUGGCCUCUUGGAGAUCCGCAGGCUGCACUACCAGAGCACCCGCUUCUGAGCCCAGGGCGGGCGGCAGGGGAGGCCAGGGCUGCCCACGGGGGCUGCCCACCCCCUGCUGCAACGUGCCUCCUGCAGCAGCUCUGGCCCCGCUCAGACCCACUGUGGGCAGGGGCUGGUGCUGGGGCAUUCCUGGUGCUGCCUGCUGAGCCAGACCUCUGCCAUAGGGCCUCCACAGCCCUCUGGGGUGCCCUGCACCACUCUCUCUGCCCCAAGCAAAGGCUCUGGCUCUGCCUUGGGCAGCCCCAGCUGGCAGUGAGCUGUGUGCAAUGCCUCAGGGAGCAGUGGGACCCACAGAGCCCCAGGAAGGGCUAAGGGGAGGGGAUCUUGUCCUGAUGCCCACGGGCACUGCCAGCCCCUGCUGCUGCUCCCCCUUGCCUGGGCGUCCUGCCCUUGGUGCUGCGGGGCAGCCUCAGCUGCUGUGCGCCUGAUGCCCAGGGCGUGUGGCAAAGCCCUGGGGCUGCUCCAUCUGCAUGACGGUGCUGUGCGCAUGCCCCAGACCCUGCCCUGACCCAUCUGGCCAUCCCCAGCCGGCCCUGGGCUGGUGCCAGCUCCCCAGCCCCAAGCCCCGCAGUGUGGGCAGGGUGAUGCGGCGCUGGGCAGGCUCCUGCAGCUGUGCCACGCUCUUCCCGGGCUCCAUGCACGGCCCAGCACAGCCCUGCAUGGCAGAGGCUGAGCUAUGAGAUGGGGGUCUGUGCCUGGCUGCCAGCAGCGUCCUGACCCCGCUGCCCCCCAGCCUGCUCCCCCUCGGGACGGUGCCUGGUGGAGCCUCGUCCUGCCGAGCUCUUCCCUGCCCAAGCGUCCUGCAUGUGCCUGUCGCUCCCCUGCAGCAUGAAGUGCCCCUGCCAGGCUGCCGCAGCCCCGCAGUGCUGCUCGGGUGCCCCAGCACAGGGCUGUGGCAUGGACACCCUCCCUCCCGCUUGCUUAGCCCCCGGCAGCCAAAGCGCUGCCCCACAGCAGCAGCGUGGCCCAGGGCCCUGCUUCCCCAGCGAUGCCCACAACUCGGAGAAGUGUGAGCCUUGCAGAAACGCCUCGUCUCAGCCCUUCCGGCCACAGGACCCGGCCGUGCAGCCUGGCCUGGCCUGGCUGGGGGCCAGUGGGGCCGUAUGGACAUGGCAGCCUGCAGUGGGGGCCCAGAGGGGUGCCCAGGCCUGGCUGUAAGGUGUGGGGCCAGGUGGAGGUUUGUGGGCCAGGGUCGGAUGAUGGGAGGAAAAGGGACCCUGUGAAGAGCCCCUGCCUGGGUGCUGAGCUGCGCUGAGCUGGCGUCGCUCUCUUGGGGUGCCGGAGGGAGAGCUGGGCCCCGUGGGCUCCCUUUUGGCUCUGCCAUCGUGCGCCUGCGGGGUGACUGGCCCCAUGGCUCCCACUCAGGCACCUCUGCAUGGAAACCUCCCACAAUAAACCCCACGCUUCGUCCCUU